AUGUUAUCUGUGAUAUAACGGAGUAACUAGUUCAUUAAUCUGUGAAUAUAACCACACAGUAAAUUAUAUAGUAUAUAUUUAUACAACGGUGGGAUACAAUAACAAACAAUUUGUUUUGAAAAAGUGCUAAUGAAGAAAAAAAAGAGAUAACUUCAUAAAAUUUAUUGAAAAACAACAAUCAUGGGCAGGCAUAAAGAGUGGAGAAAAAUUGCCAAACGUGAGAGGAGACGAAGAAUUCGCACAAGAAAAGCCAAGGAUAGAGAUCGAAAACUUGAUGUUACAUCAGAGGAAUAUAAACAGUGGAUAUUUGAGCAGGAAUUAUUGGAAAAGUUUGAACUACAACAAAUUGAAUUAAGUAAUAUGGAAGAAAAUGAAAAGUGGCUCAAAGCAGAAGAAAAAGCAAUCGAAAAAUAUAAUCGAAUUGCAUUGGAAAGAGAUAUACAACAGAGAAAAAAAAUUGAAAUGGAAAUUAUGCUACAAAAAGAACGGGAGCUAGAAAAGCAGCGCAAAGCUAAAGAGGAGGAAAUGUUAAAGGAAAUUGAAGAGAAACACAGGCUCAAACAAGAAAUGUUUAUUAAAAGUUUAGAAAAAUUUUUAGCAGGAGAUUCUUCUGUACCUCCUGUAGAAUUGUUAAUUUAUCGUGAAAGUCGACCAAAUUUGGAGCUCUGUCCAUUUUUCUUUAAGACUGCUUGCUGUCGUUUUGCUGAUGAAUGUUCAAGAAAUCAUCAGUAUCCUGGAAUUAGCACGACUUUAUUGGCAACCAACUUUUACGCACAUUUUGGCUUAGAAAAUGCUAUUGUAAAUGAAUAUGAUUCAGACGUUAUGUUGGAAUAUGAAGAUAGUGACACCUAUAAGCAUUUUAAGGAAUUCUUUUAUGAUGUUCUUCCAGAAUUUCAAAAGUAUGGUCAAGUUAUUCAAUUUAAGGUAUGUAAUAAUUUUGAACGACACCUCAGAGGAAAUACUUACAUAGAAUAUGCUGAUAUAAGAAGUGCGGUGCAAGCCUACCGUGCUUUACACGCUCGAUGGUAUGGAGGGAAACAAAUAUCAUUACAGUUCUGUAAUAUUUAUUCAUGGAAAAGAGCAAUCUGUGGACUUGAAAUAAGAAAACGAUGCCCUAAAGGAAAUGCCUGCAACUUUUUACAUGUUUUUACAAAUCCAGGGGGAUUGUAUAACGACAUUGAAUGUUAUCCAGAAAGAAGGAGGAAAUCACCAAAUCGUUCAUGGCGAUGGUCAGAAUCACCAGAAAAGGAGCCCCGUAGAAGAAAACGUUCAGAAUCGAGAGAGCGAGAGAGCCGACGUAAAGAUAUCGAAGAAGGAAGAAGACGCCGAUCGAAACAAAGAAGACGAUCUGAAAAGCUUUAGAAUAUUUUUGCAAUAAAUACAAAAAUAAAUCUUA